AUGCAGCAGGCCAGCGCAAGCGCGGCGGCAGCCGCCGCAGCCGCCAUGGCGUCGCCCAGCCGCCGGCCCGGGGGUCGCCCUCGCAACCCUCCCACGGCGGCCAACUCCAAGCGCCACUGCAACUGCAAGAACUCCCGCUGCCUGAAGCUGUAUUGCGAGUGCUUUGCCUCAGGGCGGUACUGCGACGGCUGCAACUGCGUGGGCUGCUGUAAUAACCAGCAGAAUGAGGGCGUGCGCCAGUCGGCGGUGGAGGCCAUCCUGGAUCGCAACCCCAAUGCUUUCCGCCCCAAGAUCGCCGGCGACGUGACUGAGGAGGGCGCGAGCCUGGGCGCGGCGCGGCACAACAAGGGCUGCAACUGCAAGAAGAGCGGGUGCCUGAAGAAGUACUGCGAGUGCUUCCAGGCCGGCAUCUUCUGCUCCGAGAACUGCAAGUGCUGCGACUGCAAGAACUACGAUGGGUCGGAGGCGCGCGCCGCGGCCAUCUCGCCGGGCCUGCCCGCGCACCUGCAGACCGCGCUGGCCACGCCGCCGCACCCCGUCGGCGCCGGCCCGGGGUCGGCGGACGCGGCGCACUCCCUGGGCGCCGGGUCCGGGUCAAGAGGGGAGGCGGGCUCGGGGGCCUUUGUCCCCGGCGGCUAUGGCUCGCCGGGGGCCGAGGUGCGGCGGCCGGACGCGGCGGGGCGAGCACCUGCAGUGGCCUUCCCCCCGCCGCCCUACGGGCACCCCUACGGCGCGGGCAUGGAUCCGGCGCUGGCGCUAGCGUCCCCGCACCCCGCCAUGGUGGCGCGAGUGGUGGGCGACAAGGCGGCGCGCAAGCACCGGGAGCUGGUGGCCAACAACGUGCUGGCGGCGGCGGUGUCCGCUCAGGCGGCUGCGGCGCCGGGGCCCGGCACGCAGCAGCACCUCCGGGGCGCCCAUGUGCCAGGACCUCUGGGCUUGGCGCCGAGGGGGACAGGCUUCAGGAACCCGGGGGGCGCCAUGCUGUCCCAUGCCUCCUCCCAGCAGCAGCAGCUGCAGCAGCCCGCCCCGCCCCAGCCCCACCAGCAGCAGCUGAUGUUCAUGGCGGCGGCGGCGCAGCAGCAGGCGGCGAGCAUGCUGCAGCCCGCGCAGUACCCUCCCCCGCUCGGGCAGCAGCCGCAGCAGCACGCCGCCUCGCCGUGA